AUGAAGGCCCAUGAAGGUCCUAGCCGACAUCUUCAUGGAGGAGUUCGAGUCUUCCUCUCUCCUCACAGGAGCCUGUGGCUACGCUACGUUGAUGACACCUUCGUAGUGUGGCCCCAUGGCCCGGACACACUCCAAGACUUCCUCCAGUACCUCAACAAGCAACACACCAGCAUCAGCUUCACCAUGGAACAAGAACAGCACGGCACCAUUCCUUUCCUGGACGUCAAGAUCUCCAGGAAUCCGGAUGGCACCCUGGGACAUAGCGUCUACAGGAAACCAACCCACACCGACCGCUAUCUCCACCAGCGGUCGUUUCAUCACCCCAGCAUCAAGUCAUCGGUCAACCGCACCCUAGUACAGAGAGCCUUUGAGGUCUGCGACCAAGACAACCUCAAGCGUGAACUCAAGCACAUCCAGGCGUCACUACAACGGAACGGCUACAAACCCAACCGCAUCACGAUCAGCAAACCUGACCAACGGGUCUCCUAUACACAAGGUCCUUCCACUGUAUCUCCCUCAGUCACUCUUCCUUACAUAGAUCCAGCUUCUCAUCAUAUGCAACGCAUCCUCCGACAAGCCGGCGUCAAGGUGUACCACUCAUCUGGCAACAAGCUCCAAGGCAGCCUCCAUACUCACAAGGACAAGCAGGACUCCUCUUCCAAGGCGGGAGUCUACCGCAUUCCAUGUGAAUGCGGCAAAGUCUACAUCGGCAAAACCGCUAUGUACAUCUUUUGCAUGGUGGUGGAGUCGUGUGCCUCAAUCUGCGUAUCGGUCUUCGUCCUACGACUGUUUCAUACACCAGCUGACAAGCCCAUACCUGUCCCAGACAUCCGCUGUCUGUCCUACAUCGGCCAUCAGCCCAAAGAGCGGAUUACCUGGCAGGUGGUAGCUCGCAUCUUUGACAAGGCAAUGUUUGUCUUGUUUAUCCAUUCUGAUCAUGACUUUUCAUAUUUGGCUCUUAUUGAAGUCGUAUAG